AUGUUAGGAGUUUCAACGUUCAAUUACGAAACCCCUAAUAACCUUGUUUCUGAAUCUGAUCUAUCAGUUUCUGAUUAUUCUGAGGAACAACACAUAUCUGAUUUCCCAAUAAACCUUACGGUACCAGAAUCCGUUAACAAGAGAAUUGGAAACUCUCACUCGAAUAACAAUUCGGAGGAAUCAGAGUCUGCUGAGGAGGUGAAGGUACACUACAGAGGAGUACGACGAAGGCCAUCGGGCAAGUACGCAACCAAGAUUAGAGAUCCGAAGCGCAACGGUGCGAGAGUGUGGUUGGGGACGUUCGAUACCGGUGUUGAAGUGGCUAAGGCGUAUGAUAGAGCCGCAUUUCAAAUGCGUGGUUCAAAAGCGAUUCAGAAUUUUCCUCUGGAGGUUGAGGAAAGGAGGAGAUAA